ACUAACCUCUGCACAGUAGCUAGCCAAGCAAUUUGCUAGUCACUGACGGGGCCGACAAUUAGCGUGUGCUAAAUUCACUUUUAAGUGAAAAGGUUGCUGCGCUGCAUGAUAACUACGACUGGUUAAGACUUUGUUUGUCCCUCCCGAGCUUCCGUAGUAGAUUUGUUGUGGUUGUGUUGUAUCCGGAAGCAAGUUAGCUCGUUGGCUAUUUUAAUAUAACUUCUUAUGUCUAUGUUAUAAGGCGUUAUUCAGGUUGUUUGUAUUAAUCGCUGGUAUAAGGAAGUAUAAUAUUAUAUAUUAUAAGGAACGCGUAAGUGAAACUGGUGCUGGCGACCUGCUGGUGGGGUAUUUCCUUUAUAUGAUGCUAACCUCCAGGAGCUAAGUAACAAGGUGCAGCAUGAAACCCAUGAUACUGAGGCAGUGUGUUCUCCAUGGACCUAGUGGAUCAUGUCUCUGAUCCUGUUUGCCUUUGUAGUUCGGGUCAGGGAUGGACUCCCCCUGUCGGCCUCCACAGACUUUGAACACAACCGAGAGCUCCAGGAGAGGAAGCAGCAGCUCAGAACUAUCAGCAAGGCACUGGCCCGUUUCCCUGACAGAGGGACCAUCAAGGGCCAGGACCUCAACAUAUACUUCAUCUCUUCAGAGGGCGUAUCUUACAUGACCGUGUGCCACUGCAGCCUCCCUGUUGCUAAGGCCUUCUGCUUCCUGGAAGAUCUGCGCUGGGAGUUCACAACAUGCUUCAAUAGCACUGUUGUUGCCUUGGCAGCCAGGCCAUAUCCAUUUUUGGAAUUUGACGGCACCAUUCAGAAGUUCAAGCAGCAGUACAACCAGAGCGGGGGUCCGGCCCUGGAGGUGACAUUAGCAGAGGUCCAGGGCGAUCUCAGGAUCCAUCCACCACAAGUAAUUAACUUGGAGGAAGUGGAGCUCACCAACGGCAUUGCAAAUGGGCACAUGGAGCAAGGUCCUGGAUCUGGUCAGAAUGUGAGACUCGAACCAGUGACGGCGCCUGGCAUCCUCACUCUUGUGCUAAACAUUAUGUGUGCGUCUUUGAACAUAAUCCGUGGGGUUCACCUCGUAGAGUACACAUUCCAGGAUGAUUAUGAAGGUGUAUGGAAUGUUGUGGCGUUUCUUCUGGCGUUUGUCUGCUGUGUGUUUCAGUGCCACCUCUACCUGUUCCACUCAUCGCUGAAGAAACCCAAGUCCUUCACUCUGUUGAGUGUGAUCGUCCUAUGCAACCUCUACCUGCUCGGCCUGAGGAACCCGUGGCAGCUGAUCUUCCACAUUUCAGUCGCCUGCCUCUCCACCUUCCUCAUCCUCACCCGCAAACUCCAAGACAGAACCAAUGACUGUGGAGUCUGAGGAGCGGAGGACAUUUUACCGCGCUGCACCUCACCGGCUCUUUCAAGCGCCGGUGAGAACAACAGAGAAGCGAAUGGCUCGAUCCACACGAGGUAUGAAGAUGUUUUGUGGAUUUUUAACAAAAAACGUUCCCAAAUUUUGUGUCAUCACGGAAAAUUGUAAUUACAAGUUAAUGUUCUUGUAUACAUUAUGUACUUGCACUUUGUGUACAUUUGUUUCUCAAGACUGUAAACUACACAGUGACAUGCAGUUAUUUCUGGAAGCUCUGCAGACAGAUGCUAACAGAGAAGCUCAACGGACACGUCACAAAAUGUUUGUGCCAUCAUGUUCAAAAAGGGUUUUUUAAGAAAAUAGAUUUCUGUCAGAAUUGCUGACCAAAGUUGUUCAUGUAGAAACAAUCAUCUGAUCACAGCCCUAACUGUUGAAGCUAUGCUCCCACACAGCUCAGUAUUAUUUCUGCUACCACAGGCUUUGAUUAUCUUUGUGUAAUCCGUUUACGCUGUGUGACAGUCGCUGAUUGCAACGUUAGAUUUAAUUCUACUUAUGGUGGCGGUUUGUAGUUUGAAAUCAGUGAUAGUCAAGUAAAGCAGACGACGCAGCUAUUUGUAUUUGUUUUCUAUUGUUUGCUUAUUAUGCUAAAUUAAAAUCCUAAGGUGUAAAAGGUGUAAAUGUAAAGCUAUGGGUUGUUUCACGCCUUACUGUGUGACGAUACAAUUGUUUUAGAUUGUUUAAGUGUGUGGACUUAUGUACAGAUACACCGGCAAGUGCUCAGCUAGUCAUCGCAAAGGUUCCAAUGUAAGGGCUCCGUUUAUUUAAUGACUUAAUGUACAGUACGUUCAACACCGAGGGAAUGUGACUCUUACAGUCAUGAUGUUCGGGCAUAUCGUCUUACUAUGACACCGUUUGUGAUAAAAGGAGAAUUGUAUCACAUCGACUCCAUUUUUUGUACGAUCAAAGCAGGUUUAGAUAUUUUUGUUUGUCCGUUUCAUCUUUUUUCUACUGAUCUCGACUUUGUCAAAGUGUAAAUUGCGGGUAAGAAUAAGAAAACACUGAUUUAAUGGGUAAAAUUGUAUUGACAUUUGUUGGAAAUUUAGUUUGGACUGCACUAUUAGUUACUACGGUUUGUUCUGUGUUGGGUAUGGCAAUGGUUCUUGAAUGUGUUGCAUAUCGGGUUCAGCUUUUUAUAUCCUGAUUUAUGUUUACCUGGUUUAUAUUUGUGUCUUGCUUCAUUACAACACUCCCUGUUUGUAGUUCUCAGACUACUGUACACAUAGAAAAUCCUAUUGUUAUAAUCUAUGUUUGAAUAUAGAACAGUAGCGCUGCUAAAUAAAUAGUCUCAUUUGUGUUAAUUAUGUUUUAACAUUUUGUGUAUUCAGCUUCUUAGAUUUUUUUAAUAGCUAACUAGUUGCACUAAUUAGUUAAUAAGCGAGGGAAGUAAAUU